AUGUCCGUCACCCUGCACACCACCAAGGGCGACAUCAAGCUCGAGGUCUUUUGCGAGACGGUCCCCAAGACGGCCGAGAACUUCCUCGCCCUCUGCGCCUCGGGCUUCUACGCCGGCUCGCCCUUCCACCGCAUCAUCCCCUCCUUCAUCGUGCAGACCGGCUCGCCCGCCUCGGACCCCAAGUCCAAGACGUCGGCGUCCAUCUUCGACACGCCCAACCAGCUGUUCGACGACGAGAUCCGCCCCGCCCUCCGCCACAAUGCCCGCGGCAUCCUGAGCAUGGCCAACAAGGGGCCCAAUUCCAACGGCUCGCAGUUCUUCAUUACCCUUGCGCCCGCCCCGCACCUCGACGGCAAGAACACCGUCUUUGGCAAGGUCCUGGAGGGCUGGGAGGCGCUCGACGACAUGGAGCAAGUGCACGUGGACAAGAAGUCGCGCCCGCAGGAGAGGAUUGAGAUCAAGAGUGUCACGAUACAUGCAAACCCCUUGGCGGGCUGA